UUUACGGUCAGGUUUGCCCUGCAGAGAUGGUUGUUUUGAACGGACAAUUAAGGACAUGGGAUUAGUUACUUCUUCCAUUUACUUCCACAAAAGCAAUUCGGUUUAACAGAGUAACAACUGCCGCUCUUAUAGGAUAUUUCCGUAUGCGCGCCUUUCAGAAACGUUUUGACCAAAAACAAAGCACUCCCUCACUGUGCCUCUCUCCGCAGGACAUGUUGCGUGUGUUUUUGACAGUUCCUGCUAUCUUUUUUGGUCUUUCCGAUGGUGCGCAAUUCUCGUCAGAGUGCUAUGGCAAAAGUGUCACAAUACCAUCUGAUUAUUUAGGCAGUUUCGACAAAGGAACAUUGUAUUUCAGUCCAAGGAAUGGAGGAACCCGAAGAGUAUUAAUAGAAAAUGGGGAGGUAAGGGACCCCCGCAUAGAGGUUUCCGGGAGCUCAGUGAUUUUGACACAUUUGACUGAAAAAGAUAAUGGAAGAUUUGGACUCUUAGGCGCUGGUGACCGUGUAUACUAUAUGGCCACACUGGAAGUCCUGGAUUGUGCUGAUGAAAGGAACGUGCAGUAUGGGGAUGAAGUGAGGUACAAGUUCGACACAAAGGUUGAAUUCCUGGAGUUCACUCCCCAGCAUUCUCUAGACCAACCAGUGAUCCUGUGGAAUCGCACAGAUGCUAGGAUUAGAACAAGAGGUCAAGUGAAGAACAAUGUCUGGGUAAUGUCCCGUGCCACCCAGGCAGACAAUGGCUACUACAACUUCAGGCGAAAAGACAAAUAUUUGGUUUCAAGGCUUCAUCUUGAGGUGAAAGAGGUUCACAGCCACUAUGAGGGAGUACCGCACACAGUCCUGAGGAUCGAUUAUCCUUGGACUGGUGGAGAAUGGACUGUAUUCUAUACGUCUUUGGAGACACUACACAGGGAAAUGGUGAUUAAGAAUGGCAAUAUAGUCUGGAGAGAACAUACGUUCUCUAGGAGAAUCCAUGCUUUUGAAGAAAAUAUUGAGAUUGAUCCCUUAAAAGGCACAGACGACGGCACUUUUGAGUUCAGAGAUCCACAAGGGAACGUGGCUUUGCUUGCGCAACUUAGUAUGAUCCAUGAUGUAAGCGGCAUAGCUUCUCUUGUUGCAGUGGCCAUUGGGGUUUUAUUGAUGGGGAUUGUCUGCUGUUGCUGUUGUAAAAAAAAAUGUUGUAAAAAGGACAAACCCACUUCUCAGACUGAAGCAGCACCUAACGUGUAUUAUCAUUCUCCAGAUCACCCUUCAGGCACAGCAUCACCGGCUGCACCAGUUCCACCGUAUUCUUCAGUUUUCGCUAGAAUGCCGGUGGAUACUGCAGCCCCUACAGCGCCAACAGAUCACUCCCUGGAGCCACUGAACCAGAGCCAGUACCAAUGGUACCAACCAGUAAAUGUCAACGUGAACCCUCCUCAGGCAGAGUUGACAAACCAAUCGCAGUUUGCAGCUCUAGCUCCAGCUCCUACUUUUGGUUUGGACCUUCUCUCUUCGGAUUCUGAGCCGAGGAGGCUGGAGGCGCCCGAGCCCGAGCCGUCCCUGCCGUCCGCCCCGCCGCCCUGGACCAUGGAGCCGCCCCCGUCCUACGACACGGUGAUGAACAGCCAGGACCCCAGUGAGCAGCUUUAACCUCUGUGGGACGUCCCUCCCUCACGACGGUGCCUUUGGUCUCCAGCCCCCAGCCUUACAUGACCCUCGCGUGCUGCCCGUGGCCUCGCUGCAGCAAGACCUGCUGGCCUCCAGACUCACACGGAUGUAAAGAGCAACAAUCAAAACCCAGUUCUGCUCAGGCUCCCCUGCGUGAGACUCCACCACGAAAGAAAGAAAGAGGAUCACGGAAGAGAAAGCACUUAUUUGAAUACAGAGACUGAAUGCCUUUUUUGAAAAAUACGGUUUUAAUCCUUCAGGUUUUUGAUCGUUUUAUACACCAUCCUCUUGUCAUUAAAGGGGACAUAUUAUGGCAUUUAAUGUAUAUUUUAAACAGGCCUUGAAUGUCUUAAAAACAAUCUAAAGCUUGUUUUUUCUACAUAAAUCAGAAAUUCAGCCUCUGGGCCAUGUCUCUAGUUUUACCGCUUCUAACCCCUUUUUCUGUGCUCCAUUCUAAGGGAAGGGGGGGGUAUGAUAAUGAGGCUCUGUGCUGAUUGGCUGCUUGAAUGACGUGUAGCAGGGGAGGAGAAUAAACCUUGCUCCGGGGAGAAGAGCAGCCGGCUGCAUGUCCCAUGCCAGGGAGCUUCUGCGACAAAAUAAAAUCCAUUGCUUUAUUUUUUUUGUAUUAGACUAUCCUAACUGGCCGCGAGUUUAACGAUUUCAGCGUGGACAGAGAGCGUCCGAUGUCACACGUGAUAGUCGGACGCUCUCAUUCAGUUACACGGUGUAAACGGAUCUUAAAGCCUGAUUUACGGUUCUGCGUUAAAUCGACGCGUACCCUACGCUGUAGGCUCUGCGUUGGUGAAACGCAGAACCAUAAAUCAGCCUUUAGUCACCUCGUUUUCACACAGGAAGAUUUAUAAACAGGUACACCACAGUUCUUUACUCCAAUUCCUCAAGACAAAUGAAUCAUGUUAACUGUAAAGAAAUCACAACACUGAAUUUUCACACAUGACAACUUUAUUGUUAAAAAAAUCAAACAUAAGUUGUAUAUAAAUAACAUGUAUGCACUAUUGCUGGCUCAAGGAAGGACUGUACGUCUUCUGAAUGUGUCGUUGAACAGCUUCAGGUGCUUGGAAGAUCUGAAAUCAUGAACAGAAGAAAAAUAUAUUACGGUACCCGUCGGGGCUCCUCACCGGUCCGGUCCGUGAGCGGCCCCGGAGCUCCGAGCUAAGCUAAAUACUUAGCCCAUGCAAAGAUCAUACUCAUAGACAAAUAUAAAUAACAUAAAAAACUAACGUCACUUUCCGCUGACUCGUGUGCAGUUGCCGGGUCCGUACUGUGGGCACUGAUCCUUUUAUGAGGGUAAGUGUCGAUGCAAAACCUCAUCUUAACUGUCCCUCGCUGUGGAAACAGCCACCGCUUCUAAACAAUGGCUGAAGCUCCAGCCGGCGGAGAGAGUUGUGGGCGUGGUUUCAGCAGCGGAGGCCGAACCUCUGCGCCUAUGGUGACGUCACCCUAGGCAUAAUAUGUCAAAACUACCUUUCACAAAUCAGUAUCAAAGAUGUAUUAUUCAUGGAGUGGAUGUGGAUGGUAAAGUCUCUUGUGGAGUCGUACGUUUUGGACCACAGAUUUGUUCUGGGGAGCAACGGUGAUCAACGCCCAUGAAUUCUUUUUAAUUUUUUUUUUAACUUUCUUUUAAUCUUUGAGUUUUUAGCUCCAGUGUUUCCUCAGGGGGGUCGUCCACACUAGGAGGUGUGCCUGCUCUGCCCAUAGGGGUGUCGUCAUGGGGGUCCCUCAGGCCCGGGGAGCUGGGGGUGGGACUCCACCUUCUGUGUGGGGUCUGCCCCGGUCUGUCCGGGUUGGGGGGGUCUCUGUGGCGAUGCUCCUUGUGGUCGUGGUCGGUGAUGCCUCUCAGUGUGGACGGCCACCCAUAGGUAGUGUUUUCCUCACCUGGAUCGUUAGUGCUAAGCCAUGUCACCAGUCCACUUACUGUGUGUGUGUGUGUGUGUGUGUGUGUGUGUGUGUGUGUGUGUGUGUGAGAGUGUGUGCACAUGUGUAUAAGUGUGAGUGAGUGUGUAUGUACGCGUGGGGGGUGGGGGGUGGGGGGCGUAUGGGAUGUUUUAAAUUGUGUUUUCUGAUUGUUAUUUUAUUCUGUGUGUAAAGCACCAUGUGUUGCAUUCAUACUGUAUGAUUUGGUGCUAUAUAAAUAAAUAAAGUUUAAGUUUAAAGACAAAAGCUGUUGCUGGAUGCUUUUAAAUGGAAAAUAAUGAGUUUAAAAAACAAUGUACCUGUUAUUAGUGUGAGUGACUGGAUGAUCUUUCAUUCACAAACCAGUUCACUUUACAGUUCAGGGUUUCCCCUAUCAUUCAUUUGGAAGGGUGGGGUGCAGAUGUGGUUGCUUGAGAGUCCAGUCAGCGAAAGCAGGUUUUUU